UGUGUGUGUGUGUUUGGAUCACACUGUUGACAUUCAGUCUGGCCUGCCGAUCAGAUGAGCUCGUACGAAGCAGUUUAAAGCCUAUAAUUUGACUCAUGUCAUUGGGGUUUAUUAUAUACCAGGACCAACGCGCUCAAUCUAAUGUAAUGGUGUAACUGAAGCAGAUCUUAAGAUGCUGCUCUCUUUGGGGAUGCUGAUGCUCUCUGCCACACAGAUUUACACCAUUUUCACGGUGCAGAUAUUUGCCUUCCUCAAUCUUCUGCCCGUGGAGGCUGACAUCUCAGCUUAUUCGUUCGACAAUAAAACGGAGAACUUUGAUGACCUGCCGGCUCGGUUUGGCUACAGGCUGCCCAGUGAAGGACUGAAGGGUUUCCUGAUCGGGGCCCGUCCCGAGAACGCCUGCGUGCCGAUCGAGCCUCCUCCCCUGAGGGACAACCUCUCCAGCGCCUUCAUCGUGCUCAUCAAGCGCUUCGACUGCAACUUCGACAUCAAGGUCUUCCAUGCGCAGAAGGCCGGCUACAAGGCGGCGAUUGUCCACAAUGUGGACUCGGAUGACUUAAUCAGCAUGGGAUCCAAUGAUCUGGAUAUCCUGAAGCAGAUCGACAUACCAUCAGUGUUUAUUGGGGAAGAAGCGGCCAACUCUCUGAAAGAGGAUUACAUCUAUGAGAAAGGCGGUCAUGUGAUCCUGAUGCCGGACUUCAGUUUGCCUCUGGAGUACUACCUGAUCCCGUUCCUCAUCAUCGUUGGGAUCUGCCUCAUCCUCAUUGUAGUUUUCAUGAUCACAAAGUUCGUACAGGACCGACAUAGAGCCAGGAGAAGUCGCUUACGCAAGGACCAGCUGAAGAAGCUCCCCAUUCACAAGUUCAAGAAAGGCGAUUCCUAUGAUGUUUGUGCCAUUUGCCUGGAUGAGUAUGAAGAGGGCGACAAGCUUCGGGUCCUGCCCUGCUCACACGCCUAUCACUGCAAGUGUGUUGAUCCGUGGCUGACCAAAACCAAGAAGACGUGUCCGGUGUGCAAGCAGAAAGUGGUGCCGUCCGACGGCGACUCUGAGUCCGAGUCCGACUCCGGGGACAGCGGAGGCGAGGAGAACGAAGUUUCGGAAAACACGCCCCUGCUGCGAUCCCUGGCCUCUACCAGCGCCCAUUCCUUUGGCACCAUGUCCGGCUCUCCAUCCCAGCGCGAAGUGGAGUCGUCGGACUACGACGAGCACAGCGACACCACUGACAGCGAGGAGGAGGUCACCGUGGAAACGGUCGUCGUACAGCUGCAACAGGGCCGUCCCGACAACAUGGAGGCCGACGCUUAAACGUUAGCCAAUCACAACUCGGACUCUUAAUAGAGAUUCCAAUACGUUUCACCAUCAUUUACAAUUUAUCGUUCGCAGUUUCACAUACAGCAAAAUUUUCUACGAAUCACGAUCCCCCCCUCCCCCUUCCUCAAACGAUUUUGCGAAAUUGAUCACGCACAUGUUUGCCAGCCUCCGCAGACGAGCGUCACCUCUGGGAAUGUAAUUUGUGCUUGCUGACAAAACGCCAAACUCAUCUCAGACGUGUAUCCGAUCGCGAACAACUGCAUGUUUUAUACGACACAAUGAGACUUUAUUAUUGAACUUGUACUGACACUGAUGUCACACUUUUAGUUGGAUCAUUAACAGUGGAGCCGUUCUAAAUAUCAGUCACUCCAUGUGUAGUUUAACAUCAGUUAUGUACUGGAAGUAGGAGAAAAGUUGGAGGUAUUUGUUUUGUUUUUGAUAACUGUUACCAAUGUCUGUUUGCCUUUUAAUGUUGCUUUACUGUAAAUAUAUCUCUUUCUGCUCACCCUCGUUUCUAAGUAGUCUAUAUUCAUUUCUCUUCAUGAAUAAAAUACUACACCUUUUGCUG